UUUCAGUCAAGUUUUUUGCAUCGCUAAAUUUAUUUCUUGAAUUCUGAAGCUAAGACAGAUAUAAUAUCGAAGACGUAAGACAUGUCAAAGCGAACUCGAAAACAGAUCGAGCCAACGGCGGAAGAUCUAUCGAACGUUGAGUUUGAAACAUCAGAAGAAGUUGACGUUGUGCAUACUUUUGAUAGUAUGGGAUUGGGCGAAGAAUUACUGCGUGGAAUUUAUUCAUAUGGAUUUGAAAAGCCAUCAGCAAUUCAGCAGCGUGCCAUCAAACAAAUCGUCAAGGGUCGGGACGUUAUUGCACAAGCGCAGUCUGGUACUGGAAAGACGGCAACAUUUAGUAUUGCUGUACUUCAGUCAUUGGAUAUAUCAUUACGUGAAACUCAAGCACUUAUCCUAUCACCAACUCGUGAAUUGGCUGUGCAAAUACAGAAAGUUGUACUUGCUUUGGGUGAUUAUUUGAACGUACAAUGCCAUGCAUGUAUUGGGGGUACAAAUGUUGGUGAAGAUAUUCGUAAACUUGACUAUGGUCAACAUGUCGUUUCGGGAACUCCUGGACGAGUUUUUGAUAUGAUCCGACGCCGAAAUUUGCGUACGCGAAGCAUAAAAAUGUUGGUGCUAGAUGAGGCCGAUGAAAUGCUGAACAAGGGAUUUAAGGAGCAACUGUAUGACAUCUAUCGUUACCUUCCACCUGGUGCACAAGUGGUACUUCUCUCGGCAACUCUUCCUCAUGAAAUCCUUGAGAUGACCAGCAAAUUUAUGACUGAUCCUAUCCGCAUCCUCGUAAAACGUGAUGAAUUGACACUGGAAGGCAUCAAACAGUUCUUUGUGGCAGUUGAUCGGGAAGAAUGGAAAUUCGAUACAUUGUGUGAUCUUUAUGAUACUCUCACAAUCACGCAGGCAGUGAUUUUUUGCAACACGAGAAGAAAGGUCGAUUGGUUGGCUGAGAAAUUGAAGGAGGCAAAUUUCACGGUGUCAUCUAUGCAUGGAGAAAUGGAACAAAAGGAGCGUGAUGCAAUUAUGAAGGAAUUCCGUGGAGGCGCCAGUCGUUUAUUGAUUUCAACGGAUGUAUUUGCCCGUGGAUUGGAUAUACCCCAAGUAUCACUUGUUGUGAAUUAUGACUUGCCAAAUAAUCGCGAAUUAUACAUCCAUCGAAUUGGACGAUCUGGUCGUUUCGGUCGUAAGGGUGUUGCCAUUAAUUUCGUGAAAUCCGAUGAUAUCCGUAUUUUACGUGAUAUCGAACAGUAUUACGCUACACAAAUUGAUGAAAUGCCAAUGAACGUGGCAGAUCUCAUCUGAAGUGCUAGAUUUGCAAAUAAUAUUGUGGAAAGAAAGUGGACGAAAAUUUUAUAUUUGUGUAGUAAUUCGCAUUUUAUUGUGUUUUUUUCUCACAAUUUUUCCAAAAGUCAGCAGUCUACGGACGAAAUCAUCUCUUAUACAUUUGGAUGUGGUGGAAAAUAAACAGCUUAAUUUGAAUUGUAUUAUUUUGUUUGUCAUUUGUUUGUUUGUUUGACUGUUUCUUGAUAUUUUCAGUUAAACUGAUGUUGACUUAACUUUCAUAAUCAUUUUUUCCUAUUUAUGUUUCCAAUGAUUUUGUCGUGACCUAUUUUAUAUUCCACUGAUCAUUACUUUUGAUUACUGAUGAUAUAGAAUAAUAAAUUUAUGCCACCACUAUUUAAAAAUUGAUGCUAUGGUUGUGAAGUGAUGAAAGAAUGACA